AUGCGCCACGUCUUUGUCGAGGACCUAAAAACCUUCUCUCUACAAGAGACUCCAAACCCCACCAUCCAAUCCCCCACAGAUGUCAUCGUCAAAGUCACCGCCACCACCAUCUGCGGCUCCGACGUGCAUGUGAUCGACGGUGAUUUCGGCACUUCCUGGGGCUUUCCCCUCGGACAUGAGUUUGUCGGCACGAUCCAGGAGGUCGGCACCGACGUGAAAACCGUCAAAGUCGGAGACCGCGUCGUCGCAUCGGCCGGGGUGUGGUGCGGUCAGUGCGACAAGUGCCGCAGUUUCCAAAUCCAAUCCUGCGCGCAGUUCGGCAUCUAUGGGACCGGCAAGAUCGGAGGUGGGUUGCCCGGCGCCCAGGCCGAAUUCGUGCGAGUUCCCGUGGCCGAUAAUAACCUCGCGGCCAUUCCCGACGAUGUCAGUGAUGCCCAGGCCCUAACCGUUGGCGAUAUCCUUGCCACGGGCUGGACGGCUGUCGAGAAUGCCUACUCGGAAAAUGCCACUCUUGUCGUCUUCGGUGCGGGGCCUGUGGGUCUUUCUGCGAUUCAUACGGCGCUUCUCAAGAAUUUCUCGCAGAUUAUUGCCAUCGAUGUCCUGGCGGACCGCUUGGAAGUUGCCAAGAAAUUGGGCGCAGCCCAUGUUAUCAAUGGGGCAACUGAGAAUACGGCAGAGCGCGUCAUGGAGCUCACCAAUGGCCGAGGCGCUAAGGCUAUCAUCGAUGCGGCGGGUGCGAAGGCCUCGAUCAAUACUUGGGUGGCGGUGGCUGCACCUGACGCCCGAAUCUCUAUGGUGGGCAUUCCCUCUGGCCCUGUUGAGAUGCCUCUUACUAUGCUGCAGCUGAAAGGCGUCACCAUCUGGAUGGGUCUGGCGAAUACUGCCCGGCCUCGAAUGGAAUAUCUUUUGGAGUCCAUCCAGAACAAGACUUUGGACCCAUCGCCGAUUUUUACGGAGACGAUUGAGUUUGGGAAGAUUGAGACUGCUUUGCAAGAGUUUAUCGCUCGCAAGCCAGGGUUGAUCAAGCCUUUGAUUGUUUUUGGAUAG